CCAGCAUACAUGAUUUGGGGAAAUUCAAAGCAAAGAGAAGAAACGGAGAGCAGACUGUGAAAGAUUUAGGAGGGAGAAAGAGAAGCCAUGAGCGGAGUAGCAUCAGCGUGGUACGUAGCGAGAAGAGAAGCACAGAAGGAGAGAGUGAGGAUCCUCUACAGGCGUGCUCUCAGAGACACUCUCAAUUGGGCCGUUCAUCGUCACCUCUUUUAUUCUGAUGCCGAUGCGCUCAGGCAGAAGUUCGAGGCCAACAAACACGUGGAAGAUGUUGAAACUAUUGAUAGACUUAUAGCUGAUGGUGAAGCAAGCUAUAAUAAGUGGCGGCACCCUGAUCCCUACAUUGUUCCAUGGGCUCCUGGUGGUUCCAAGUUCAACAGAAACCCUGUACCACCAGAAGGGAUUGAGAUAGUGUAUGACUAUGGCAAGGAAGAGGCUGAAUUAGUAUGAUCCUAUCUCAUGGUUAUAAAAUAAAGCAAAUUCAGAAGUUGCAGACGUGUGAGAACAUUCAAAUCAUGUCUUUUCCUUUUCUCAGUGAUACCAUCUGCUUCAGACUUCUCAAUGCGAAUUUGGUAUGAUUUUUAGUUGUAUGUUUCGAAAUGUGAAUUGGCACCAUACUAUGGUUGCUUUAAUUUUCCUGUUUACUACUUUCAAAAUAAACGUCAAAACAUGGAGAUCAAGUCAAAAUCAGUGAGGUGCGAGAAUUAUGUGGCUUUUCAAUUUUCUCAUAUUUUGAUUAUUUCUUGUUUCACUUCUAUCGUUUGUUUGGACAGUUUUUCAAUUAAAAUCUGGUGUUUGUCUUGUA